GUCACCCAUGUGAUUCUGUUAGAGCUCGGAAUUUUCUUUCGAAAGACAGGAAAACUUAGCGUUUGCCUAAUGGAAUAACGUUUCGAUUUUACCAUUUGGAAGAGAGCAAUGACAAACGACGCAGUGUUUUUUUAAUUACAGGGAAUUUCAAAGUUCAGAAAGAUGGUAACAGUACCAUCCCCUCAGUGUGUGGGCCGGGAGUUUGUGCGCCAAUAUUAUACCCUCCUCAAUCAAGAGCCUGUACAGAUUCACAGGUUUUACACGAAGCAAUCCUGGUUUCUUCAUGGGAGGGCUGAGAAUGGACUAAAUGAACCCCCUGUGGUUGGCCAAGAGGCAAUCUACAAUAAGAUCAAAGAACUCAAUUUUAAUGACUGCCACACGAAGAUAAGACAAGUUGACAGUCACUCCACUGUAGGGGGUGGGGUGGUGGUACAGGUGUCUGGUGAACUGUCCAAUGAUGGGCAGCCAAUGAGGAGAUUCAUGCAGACCUUUGUGUUGGCCCCUGGUGAGGGACCAAGGAAGUAUUAUGUGCAUAAUGACAUAUUCCGCUAUCAAGAUGAAGUGUUUUCUGAGGAGACAAGUGAUGAGCCAGCUGAUGGUACUGUUGACUCUGAGGGAGAAGAGGAUGUUCCUCAACAAGGGCAAGUGAACGACAAUGUCAAUAGCUACAGCCAACCUAACCAGGAGCAGGAUAUUCCACAGGAAAAGGCUAAUGACAACUUGCUUUACACGGACCAGGGACAAACCAAUGGUCCUGGAGGGUUACUGAACCAAGAUCCGUUGCUAAAUGAUAAUGAGGGUGACGAAGAAGAAGAAGAAUUGGAACUGCAAGAAGUUGUCAUUGACAAACAGCCCCAGAUCCCUCACCUUGAGCCAGUGAAAGAGGCACCAGUUAUUCAGCCCCUGGAGGAGAAGGAGCCUCUGUCUGCAGAUGGACAUUUCAAUGACACCCCCUUUGAUGAAGAGCCAGAAGAGGGUGAAGAGGAGGAGGAACCUGAAAGGCCAAGGUCUGAAACAGAGGCACCUUUAGAGGAUAUUUCUGGUGAACCAGCUGAAUCAGUGCCAGAGAAGCCUAAGACCUGGGCAGCUCUUGCAGCUUCUCGCACACCGUCAGCUCAGUCUAGCGCGGCUCCAGCCACAAACUCACGCCCAGUGCGUCAGGCCCAGCAGCCUCUAUCUCAGUCUGGCCUAACACCACCACCCAGGCCCCAGCCUGCUCCUGCCCGCUCAUCCAAAGAUGCCCGUGGGGGAAUGGGUAGUAGAGAAGCAAGGUUAACUGCUCGUAAUGCUCCAGAUAAUCAUCAAGUGUUUAUUGGAAACUUGCCCAUGGGAAUCAAGGAUGAAGAAGUGCGCAACGUGUUUUCUAAGUAUGGAACCAUACUGGAAAUCAGACUCAAUCCUAAGAACUUUGGGUUUGUGAUUUUUAACAGCUCUGAACCAGUGGAACAAAUCUUAAUCAACAGACCCAUCAAAAUUGGUGACCACGAAAUCAACAUUGAAGAAAAGAAACCCAGUGGAUCAGUUGGGCGUGGUGGUGGCGGUGGCGGUGGCGGCGGCGCGAACCGUCCGCGCGGUAGUUCGGGUGGUGGGGCCCGAGGAAACUCCCGUGGGGGUGCAAGUGGUGGCGGUGGACAAGCUGGCCGAGGAGGAACUGGGUCUCGUGCGGGUAACCGAGGAGGAUUUGGGGCGGGUGGUGGCGCUUCAAGCGCAGGGUCUGGAUCCAGUGGACGCUCAGGUGGUCGUCGGGACAGUGGAGGUCGUGGCGGAAAAUACAAGUAGCCUGGCGACGGGAUAUCCUACAUUAGCAUAAAUAAAUUAUAUCAAAAAAAGUGAAACAUUGCAAAUCGCCAUGGUGACUUUCACUUCGCCUCUCUUUUAAAGCAUUUCUGUCCUCGUGUAUUGUGUUUUCCUCUGUGUUGAGUCACACGGCAAGUUUGCUUGCAUUUUGUCUGCUGGCAGAUAUCCUUGAGAAUGUCUUAGCCGUAUCUUUAAAUCAUAGUAAUUGUGAGUGCGAGUGAUACAGUGUCCCCAUCAUGAUUUUACUGCCAUUAUUUAGAUCACCAGAAGAGGGAAUGCGAGACUGAGGUUACCAUGGACACGCUCAUCUUCGUACAUCGCCGCUGAACUUCGGCGAACUUUAUUAGAAGCGAAUUUCAGAUUUAAAGAAUUGUGAACUUUUUUAGAAUAGGAACUCGUUAUAAGGAAAUACGAUGUUUGCAGUAUUUAUAUUGGAUAUCACUAUUACGAAUCACUGAGGAAUUAAAAGAGAUAACUUGUGCAAUA